GAUAUUCCCCGCCAAUAUCCCAAGAGAUUAUCAUACAAGGGCCGUAUGCCGGCCCAGGAGUCUUCUUUAAAUUUGCACUUGGGUCGCAUCGACGGUCUCUGUCUGAACCCGAUCCAGGCUAUACCGACCUGCUGCUAAGCACCGUGACAUUUGAAGUGGUUCAGUCAAGAUGGUGAACAUUACUGAGAAGAUCAAGGAGAUCGAGGCCGAAAUGGCCCGAACUCAAAAAAACAAGGCCACAGAGUAUCAUCUUGGUCUUCUGAAAGGUAAACUCGCACGCUUGCGGGCGCAAUUACUUGAGCCAGGUCCAGGGGCAGGAUCUGGCGGUGGCACGGGCUUCGAUGUGUCCAAGUCCGGAGACGCCCGAAUUGCCCUGGUCGGUUUCCCUUCCGUCGGUAAAUCGACCUUUCUGUCCAAGAUCACGAAGACGAAGUCAGAAGUGGCUGCAUACUCUUUCACUACGUUGACAGCCAUUCCCGGAGUGCUCGAGUAUCAGGGCGCAGAGAUCCAGAUACUCGAUUUACCUGGUAUUAUUGAAGGUGCCUCCGAGGGUAAGGGCAGAGGAAGACAGGUCAUCAGUGCGGCAAAGACAUCAGACUUGAUCCUUAUGGUGCUGGACGCCACGAAACGGGCGGAGCAGCGUGCGCUCCUGGAAGCCGAACUGGAAGCCGUGGGCAUUCGACUCAAUCGCGAGCCACCCAAUAUCUACGUCAAAGCCAAGAAGGCCGGUGGAAUGAAAAUUACAUUUCAGUCGCCUCCCAAAUACUUGGAUGAGAAGAUGCUGUACAACAUUCUGCGGGACUACAAGAUGCUCAACUGUGAGGUGUUAGUCCGGGACGAAAAUGCAACCGUCGACGAUUUCAUCGACGUCAUAAUGAAAGACCACCGCAAGUACAUUCGCUGUUUGUAUGUGUACAACAAAAUCGACAGCGUUACGAUGGACUAUUUGGACCAGCUGGCCCGCGAGCCACACACAGUGGUCAUGUCCUGCGAGCUGGAUCUGGGCAUAGACGACGUCGUCGAACGUUGCUGGAAGGAGUUGCGGCUCAUCCGUAUCUACACAAAGCGGCAGGGCGAGGAUCCGGAUUUCAGCGAGGCUCUGAUUGUCCGCAGCAAUAGCACCAUCGAGGACGUCUGUGAUCACAUCCACCGCACCAUGAAGGAGACGUUCAAAUAUGCGCUGGUAUGGGGAGCCAGUGCAAAGCACAUACCGCAGCGGGUAGGAUUGAGCCAUCCGGUGGCAGAUGAGGAUGUUGUGCAGAUCGUCAGCGCCUGGAAAGCAUGAGUAGGUAGAAGGUGGUUGUCUGCAUCCAGUAUCUGCGAAUUACCAUCAUUACCAUCAUGCAUUAUGUUCGUACAGGAAUCGAGAAAUAUGCCGGCGUUGACCACGAUUGCAGAAGCGGGAAAUCCGAAAUUACUACUUUUGCAUCGAAAGUUCAAGUCUAUGUAUUGGAUUUCUCUUGUCUUUUCAGACAAUUUCGCGUUCGGAUCAUUCCGUCAUUGUUAUAUGAAUCUGCGGCCAACCUAGUCUAUCUCAAAACUCUCCUUGGAUCGAGACUGCUAACGUUUGCACUGAGCGCUUUGCCGUCAAAAACGAAUUCACUCAUCAAUUUGCCUGUGCCUGGCCCGUUCUGGAUCCCCCAACACGUGUGUCCGGCUGCCAAAUAGAUUCCUUUGGUGUUGGUGAGGCCUACCAGAGGCCCAGCGCCAGUCUCUACUUGUGGCAAGUAACAAGCCUGGCGGACGAGCACUUCCCCGUCCCGCAUUUCAUCGGAAAUGCUUGCACAAUAGUCCACAAUGUCCUGACAUCUUGAGUCAUCGACCUGGACCUCGGCAGUAGAUUUUGGCAGCGGCACAAGAUGGUCUCCUUCGCCGCAAGCGUACAACUCGUUGUUGGGACGAGCGUAUAUCUCCGGACUGACGUUCAUCGCCCGGGACGUGGUACCUUCUUUGAAGUUUUUCGGAAGUGCGAUCUGUGUGAACAGACAGUACGCGGAAACCGGUCGAGUCGGGCGGACCGUCA